GGAAUGUCCAUCAUGAGGGUUCAUGAUGAGUCUUUCUCUUUCGCUUCAACUUUGUCAUGCUCUGAGCUCUGGUCAAAAUGUCCCAAAUAACUCCUGGAAGUGUAACUUCGAGCACGCAGGGCUUCUUGACCGCGGUCAUCGCGAAUAGCGCGCUGCUUUUCGUCGAAGUUGGAUUGUUUCUAGUCUUGAAACAGAGAUUACAGAGAAUAUACAGUCCAAGAACAUAUCUUCCGCCGCCAGACAAACGUUCUGCAAAACUUCCACCUGGCCCAUGGAAAUGGCUUCCUGCCCUUCUGAACUCACGCGCAGAAGAUAUUAUUGACAAGAAUGGCUUGGACGCGUACAUGUUCCUUCGGUUUCUCAAAAUGCUGGUCUGGAUAUUCCUUGUUUUCACAGUCUUGACAUUUGCUGUCAUUGUUCCUGUGGACAUGAUUGGACAAAAUGGAGCGACUUCGAACUUGGAGAAAAUUAGUUGGAUCAAUGUCAUUGACCCGCAAGAACAAAAACGGUUCACUGCGCACAUUAUAGUCGUAUAUAUCCUGACGAUUUUUGUAAUAUAUCUUAUCCGAAGAGAAAUGUCAUAUUUUGUCUCAAUGCGCCAAUGCUUCCUAUUGAGCCCUUCUCACUCUCGUCUAGCACAAGCACGCACCGUCCUCAUCACCUCCGUGCCAGAAACCCUCUCCACGGAGUCCUCCUUACGUCAAUUUGCUAGCUUUGUACCGGGAGGUGUGGAACGGGUAUGGCUGUAUCGCGAUACGAAGAGGCUCAAUGAGGUAUUCAGUAAUAGGGAGAAAACAUGCUUGAUGUUAGAGAAAGCCGUGUCGGAGGUGCUGAGAAAUGCAAUCCGAGUGUGGCGGAAGAAGAAAGCUACGAGGAAAAAGAAAAGGAGACGAGCGAUUCCUAAGGCUAGCGAAGAUGAAGAAAGCAGAACAAACACCGAGGAAACAUCAAGCGACGACGAAGAACUGCUAGAGCAUGACCCUUCGCUCCAGCUCCUUGACGAGCUCGUUCCGCAUGAGAAGAGACCCAAACAUCGGACCGGUACAUUGGGAGUGCUCGGAAAAAAGGUGGAUACUAUUGAGUGGUGCAGGGAUGAAAUUGUCAAACUAAACUCCACCAUCACCUCGACACGCUCACAAAAGCAAGAUGGCAAAUUCCUGGGAAGCGUGUUCAUCCUUUGCAAUCUCCAGAUUGGAGCACAUAUUCUUGCUCAAUGUGUUUCGUAUCACCAAGUACUACAGAUGAAUGACAAAUUCAUUGAAACGCAUCCGGAUGAUAUUGUUUGGCAUAACCUUGACGACGAUGCGCUCAAGACGAGAUCUAAAGUAUCGUUAUCGUGGCUGGCAACUACUGCUUUGAUUGUACUAUGGAGCUUCCCAGUGGCAGCGAUCGGAGGCCUGAGCAAUAUCUAUGCGGUUUGUAGGAAGGCGGAAUGGUUGGGUUGGAUUUGUAGAGCUCCUGCUCCUUUACCGAGUAUCAUUCAAGGGUUCCUCCCACCCGCAUUAUUAGCCGCACUCUUUGCGAUGAUGCCUGUCAUUCUUCGAGGAUUGGCGUGGUACGAAGGCCUCCCUAGACACUCACUGAUCUCAGUCAGCCUAUAUCGGAGGUUCUUCUUAUUUUUAUUGAUACAUGGAUUCUUAAUUGUCACACUGUCUUCCGGUCUCACAAAAGUACUUGAAGAGAUAAUUGAUAAUCCAACUCGUACAGUCCAAUCAUUGGCCACUCAACUUCCCGGCGCGUCGGUAUUCUUCCUGACAUAUAUGAUAACACAAGGUCUUGCAGGUGCAGGGAGUGCUUUGGCUCAACUAUUUCCGCUUGUUGGGUAUUAUUUUGGAAAAUGGUUCUUGGGUAGGACACCGAGGCAGGCUUUUAAUGUGACGUUCUUGAUGCCUUCAGCUGAUUUUGGAACCCUUCUUCCUCGUUUAUCACUAUUGGCGACAAUUGGAUUAGCGUAUAGUGUUUUGAACCCGUUGAUUAAUUUGUUAGCAUUGAUAUGUUUUGGGUGCUAUUACAUCGCCUGGAAAUUCUUGUUCCUCCAAGUUUUCGACCAGCCUACUGCAAGAGAAUCAGGUGGAGGGUAUUUUCCGAUGGCUACCUCAAAUUUGUUUGUUGGGCUCUACAUUGAACAGAUCUGCUUGGCGUGUCUUUUUUUCAUGAAAGUUUCUAUCGCAGACUGCCGGUACUUCGCAUUGGCACAAGGGGUCCUGAUGUUGGUCUUGGUUGUGAUAACAAUUUGGGCGCAUGUUCUUCUGAAUAGAAGCUUUGCUCCCUUGGCGCAAUAUCUUCCUAUGUCGCUGGCCACGAAGAAUCUCGCUGACAGACUUGGUCAAGACGGAGAAGUAGAUUUAUUUAGCAAAGAUUUCAUCCAAAACUUGCGCAAACGUAUGGGAAAGCAGCCUGACCGCAAACAAUUCGAUACUUUCGCAACACGAAUGAGAAAUGACCUUGAUUUUUCUACUCCACAUGGCGGAGAUUUGGAAGCCGGAAAUAAUAAUUCCUAUGUUACUUCUACAACUGCGCCGAACACAACAACAGCACAGUCGACGAGCGACAAUGACUCCACUGCGUCCCGGCGAUCUGAAGCUUUGCCCACCAAUGUCAAUCAGGCGGAAAGUCAAGGCGACAACAAUCCUGAAUCUUCCGAAGAUUCAUUAGACGAACAUGCUUUUGAUCACCCUUCUACAUACGUUGCACAACCUUGCGUGUGGAUUCCCAGAGACCCAUUAGGGCUUAGUACGGUGCUAGUGGAAUAUUUGGAAGAAGCGGGUGUACGAGCUAGUGAUGAAGGGGCGAUUAUGGAUGCGAAAGGGGCGGUGAUGGUCAUCAAACCACCUCCGGAGUCAACAUCGAUAUCGUGAUCAUGGCUUUCUGUGGGGAUAUUGAAUCAUUUAUAUUUGAAGUGGUGUGCAAUUGUAACCAUUCCAAGCUUAGUGGGAAAUCUCAUGGCGCGAAACAUCAAGACAAUGAUAGUGUUGGUCGAAGGGACACUCCAUGUUCCUAACGAACAAUGUCAGCAGUGAAUACUAUUUAUAUUUUUUCUUUCAUAUCUCGUGUUGAAGAUAUAGCUCGAACUCACGAGAUUUUCAACUUUAGAGGUUCAUAGAUCA